AUGCAAGCCUUCUUGGACGACUUUGCGACGCUGCCACUGGACGAGUAUGCGCUGCUGCCGACCGACUCGCUCCUCUUAGAGGACGUCGACGCCUUCUUCGCGCCGGCCACGACAUCAUCGCCGGCCUCAAGCGACCACUGCACUACGAGCGACGCUGGUUCCGAAGACCUGCCGCCGCCGCCGGCCAAGAAGAUCAACGUGAGCCGCAAGCGCCAGCGCGACGAGAUCGACUACCUGCGCGCCAAGGUGGUCGAGCUUGAGUCGCAGCUCUCGACGCUGCAAGCUGCCGAGGCCCCGCUCGUGGCGGCGUCUCCGUGGCAGGCUCUGGCGCAGCAGGUUCGCCUCGAGAAGGAUGCUGCGAUCAGCGAGCGCGAGCAGCUCAAGCACGAGCUCGCCGACCAAAUUGAGUUUGGCAAGACGCUCGAAGCGCUCCUGAUGAAGCGGCCAAAGCUCGCGGUGCUACCACAGCUCGACGCCGACCAGUGGAAGCUGUACCGCCUCGUACAAGACCCGGCGCUGCGGCGCGAGGCCGUCGCCAACAUCCUCGCGCACCAGUACGACGCGCUAUCAAGUGCACUCAUCGAGUCGAACCUGCUCGAGCAAGAAGACGAUCUCACGGCCUUUGCGCCGUGCUUGGCCAAGCACUUUGACGACCAGCUCAUCACGACCGCAACGUACUGCAAAACACUCGAGCACGACAUGCAUACGGUUGCUCGCAUGGUGUGGCUGCUCCUCUCGGCAGGCUGCAGCCUCCACCGUAAAAAUUUCCAGCGCCUCGAAAAGUUUGACGAUGACACGAUUUACAUUGCGAACGAAGGCCGCUACGAGUCCCUCCUCAACCAGACGCGCCUCCUCAUAAAGCGCUACAUCGAAGCGGACCGCAUCGUGUUUGUUGUACGCACGAUUCUCGAAGACGAACUCAAUCCGCACGCACCGGACGCGCUUGUCAACCACAAGAGCGCAUGGUUUGUGGUCGAGCAUAUUGCAAUGCAGCCCCAGAAGUGUCGGAUCAAGUAUUUUCAAAAAAUGGCUCUUCCGAUGGUGCAGUCCGAGACGCUUCUGACGCACCCCAAGUUCUCGGACGUCAACUCGCCCUACUACCGCAUUGGCAACUUCACCGACGCGGCCAUGAUGGCGCUGCGCGAAAUGGUCGGCGAGUUCAACUCGCAGCUCGAGCUCCUCCUUCAGCGCGCCGAGUAAACAAGUGGGAUAAUCGAUAGAUGCAUAAUACAUGUACCUGCCACGUGUCGACUGGACGAGGGCUCAAUGCCGCACUGCGCAUUGGGUUUGGUCGCGCGCCGCCAGGUCCU